GAACCCCUUCUUGGAUCACCGUUAUCAUGUCUUCAACAACGCGUCCAAUCGUUUUCAUGGAUAUCAACAUCGGAGAGACACCAGCGGGUAGAAUAAAAAUGGAGCUCUUCAGUGACAUUGUCCCAAAGACUGCCGAGAACUUCAGGCAGCUGUGCACCGGUGAAUGCAGACGUGAUGCGCGACCCCAGGGUUACAAGAACGCAACUUUCCACAGAGUCGUACCAAAUUUCAUGUGCCAAGGUGGAGAUUUUUUGAACGGCGAUGGAACAGGAUCGUUCUCGGUGUACGGAAAGAAUUUUCCCGAUGAGAACUUCCAAGAGAAGCACACGGGACCUGGCUUACUUUCUAUGGCGAAUUCAGGCCUAAAUACCAAUGGAUGCCAGUUUUUCAUAACCACCGCGAAAUGCGAUUUCUUGGACGGAAAGCAUGUGGUCUUUGGAAAGGUUAUCGACGGCAUGUUGACGCUUCGCAAAAUUGAGAAUGUUCCUACGGGGCAGAACAACCGACCAAAGUUGGUCGUGAAGAUUGUCGAGUGUGGGGAAAUGUAAUUGCCCGUUCACAAAAGCAUCCGUAGGAUAACAGAACACCUGUCCGAGUGAGGAGGCUUUGGAGUCCAUUGGACCUAUUCAUUGAGGACUUGUGGCGUAAACAUAGCAUGGACGGCAUUCAUUGCAUGUACUCAUUUCAUAAUUCAAUCUUUAACCGAGUCAAUCACGGGAAUG